AUGUACGAAGAGCACCUUCCCCCGUCACUUAGCCGCGGCAUCAACUCUCCCUUUUCGGCUGCGGACGCCUACGCGAUUCUCCGUGAUAUGUCGUCCGCCUUGACAUAUCUGUCGUCUCGACAGGUCCCGGUGAUCCAUAACGACAUCAAACCAGCCAACAUCGCCUACUCUCCCCAACGAGGCGCUGUCCUACUUGAUUUCGGUUUGGCUAUGUACAGCCGAGAAAAGCAUUCAACAGGUGGCACGCCGUGGUAUGUUCCUCCAGACCUUAUCACCGAAGGGACGCGUGGCGCACCAGGCGACAUAUGGGCUUUAGGCGUCACGAUGCUCUACGUGGUGGGAAAGAUCAGCCUUCCUGAAAAGGCAAGAAAGAGCUGGCUAAUCAGGGAUCUGAAAUCCCGAGAUAACGUAGCCCUGAGGCACAUGAUGGAUUGGCUUGGCUUUGUCUCUCGCGCUAGGGAAGGUUUGAGUCGUAAUGAUGAGAUUGAAGGCCUCGUCUAUCGGAUGUUAGAGCCUAAAAGCAAGCUUCGAAUCCAAGCUGGGCAGAGUGCUGUCGAGUUCCGCCAGACACCUUGA